CACAGACGCGACACAAGCCAACAAUCAUUUGACAACUUCCGACCCGUUCUUUGCCUGCGCCGCUCCUCGCUGUCAAGUGUCCGCCUUCCCCACCCCCGACCCCUCCCCCAGCCCUCCAGCCUAGCGGCACCAUGAUGCUCAGCAGCUCAGUGGAGGUGCCCAGCCCGGGCGGGAUGAGUGGCCUCGGUGGACUGAGUGUGGUGGCUCGCAACGUGGUACGAUCCUCCAGCAUCUCUGGGGCCAUGUACAACCUGGAGAAGAGUCCCGGGAGCGGGGGCCCGGACUCCGCCUCGCUGGCCGGCAACAAGAAGAGGCGCUCCAGCCUCGGGGCCAAGAUGGUGGCCAUCGUUGGGUUGUCGCAAUGGAGCAAGAGCACGCAGCAGCUCAACCAGCAAGACGGCGCCACAAAGAAGCUUCGCAGCACGAUCCGACGGAGCACAGAGACAGGCAUCGCAGUGGAGAUGAGGAACCGUGUCACGCGACAGGGCAGCAAGGAGUCCACUGACGGCAGCACCAAUUCCAACAGCUCUGAUGGAACGUUUGUCUUCCCUACCACGCGCUUGGGGCCUGAGAGCCAGUUCAGCGACUUUUUGGAUGGUCUAGGCCCUGCCCAAAUUGUGGGCCGGCAAACUCUGGCAACACCUCCCAUGGGUGAUGUCCAUGUUGGUGUGCUGGACCGAGGAGGGCAGCUGGAGGUGGAAGUGAACCAGGCCAGGGGGUUGACCCCUAAGCCAGGCUCCAAGAACAUACCAGCGACCUAUGUAAAAGUGUAUGUCCUAGAAAAUGGAGUAUGUUUGGCUAAGAAGAAGACCAAAGUAGUGAAGAAGUCUCUGGACCCCACCUACCAGCAGGCUCUGUUGUUUGAUGAAAGUCCUCAGGGCAAAGUCCUACAGGUAAUAGUGUGGGGGGAUUAUGGGCGCAUGGACCACAAGUGCUUCAUGGGAAUGGCCCAAAUCCUGCUGGAAGACUUGGACCUGUCUGCCACAGUCAGUGGCUGGUACAAGCUGUUCCCUACCUCCUCUCUGGCAGACCCCAGCAUCGGACCCCUCACCAGGCGCCUCUCACAGUCAUCCCUUGAGAGCGCCACCAGCCCCUCCUGCACCUAGACAUAGACGCCCACGUGCACGGGCACAGACAGGCACGCAGACACGGACACGCGCACUGUAUAUACACAGCGACUGUAUUUGAAGUGCAAGACAGGUAGGCUUACACCCACGCAUAUGCACCCGUGCAGUAAGGCACAGGUUACACACA